AUGUCUCUUAUCACACGUAAAUCUAUUUUUAGUACCAUUUCAUAUAUUACUAGAGCAGCUGCAGAUAAAAAAGGUGCUGCUGCUGGUGGUAAAAAGAAACCAGGUGCUGGUGCCAAAAAGAAGAGAUUUGAUAGAGGCAAUGAACCAUUAGUACUCGAAAAGAUUUCAACAGUUGUUUUUAAAACUCCAUUACCAACAGAAAAAGAUGAAUUCCCAGCAUGGUUAUUCGAAAUUGAAGAUCAACUCCCACGUGAUAAAAAAGUUAGAUUAUUAUUACCAGAAGAUGGUGCCAGAUAUUAUAAACAACAAGCAAGAAGUGGUAUUAAAACUCAUAACCAAAUUAUGGCUUUAACAAAGGGUAGAGGUUUAUAA